AUGGUAUUCUCCUCUGUCACUGCAUGCUGCUUUUCGCACGUUUUGAGAUACCUAUACCUCUACGACAUUGUCUGUGAUAAAUCGCCUUUGCAUAGUCGACUUUUGCAGCAGAGAUUCGAUCCCGUUAUAGUGUCGGGAUUUUCUUUCGACGUUGAGCGACAACAACACCUGGUAAUUCUAAGGCAAGAUAUGCAACUGGAUUCACAACUGGACCCGCAACUGGACCCGCAACUGGAGAAUCAAGAUACCAAGAAAACCAAUGACAAGAGACAAAAUACUAUAGAGCUUUCGCAUCUUGGUGAGCUGUUUAAUUGUAGCUUGAUACAAGUGGUGGACCCAGCAAGCAUUUCUGCUAGUCAGUUAUUUGAUUUGAACCAGGCGUCUGACUUGAAACAUUUAAGAAAUCAGUUGCAAGCCCUUUCCCAGGAAAACAAGGCUUACAAGUUAUGUUUCCAAGACAACCCAGAACAUCUGGAAGAGUAUAUCCUUAGAAAGAAGUGGUUUAAAUUUUGCGGAAGUGCGGUUUGGCUAGACCUCUACAAGGUUUACUUUAUGGUGAACCGUAUUGUGUAUGCAAAAGACGGUAGACGAAAUAAUCCUACUAUUUCCAUAUUAUCAGGACAAGUGUUUGAUAAAAACUGGCGUGAAAUAAAAGGAUUCAAAUUUCCACAUUCUGAUUUAGUAUUCCCAACCAUAUUGCCUCAUGAUCUAGAUUUGGGUCAGAGAGAAAAUAAAUUGGUUAUAGGUAGUGAGGAUCCGAGGGUUAUACUAAACGAAUAUCAAAAUCCAGAGGGGAUACGAUUUCAGGAACCGGUCAUCAUAUUUAAUGCCAGAAGGGCAAAGGUCAAGUGGGCACGUGCAAUGCAUGUGUACCGACCAUUCAACGACCCACGCGAAGUAAUUUUACUUGCUAUAAAGGAUAAGAAAAGAAGCUUCAUUGAGAAAAAUUGGGCUCCCUUCAUGGACAAUCCCGACGCUAAUAAUGACCAUAAUAUGAUUAAUUUCGUUUACAACUUCAACCCGUUGAGGGUUGUAAAAUGCAGUUUACAGACUGGUGAUUGCGUUAAGGUCUCGGGACCAAGGUUCAACACUAUAGAUGCCAAUGACAACGCGGGCGUUUUGCGAGGAGGUACAAAUAUUAUCCAAAUACCGCAAAAAUAUAUUCCACUCACGGAAGUAACAGAAGGACGUAAAUUCUGGCUAGGGAUUGCUCGCUCACACAAUAAAGAAUGUGGAUGUAUGCGUGAACUAUAUCGUCCCCACAUUUUUAUUAUGACCCGUAGUUUGACGAAGGAGGAUUCGUUCGAACUAAUCUAUGUCAGCUCCAUGGUUGAUUUUAACAUCAACCCAGAGCCAUGGUCUAAGAGCCACCUGAACAAAGGCACGUGUGUUGACGGAAAGCUGGUUUUAAUUCCUAAUUCAAUAGCGUAUUGGGAUGUUGAUCCUCGUAGUGAUACAGAUUAUAUGGGGUUGACUUUUAGCGAAGCAGAUCGGACAAACAAACUUGUGCAUUUAAAAGGUGUACUUCAGCAUAUUCAUAAAGUCUUGCAUGAUUCAGCAAGAAAGAGGAUUCAGGACACUGACAAAGAAAAUGAUUCCGUUGAACAAAGUAUCGACCACAAAUUGGAAGAAAUUGAAUUGGGCAAUAAAUUUCUUGGACUCUGCUCUACGUACCUAGCAGAAGAAUAUUGCCAAGCUGCAGAAAAUGUUUUUGGCUGGUGA